GUAUAUUGUGUAAUAGAGCCAUUAUUUCUUUAUUUUUAUAGUUUGCCUGUUCUUAGUUCAAAAAUUAAAUUUUCAAUCGGCAAAAGAUUUAUUUGGCGUCCGUUUUUCUCUUGGAAGUUCGGAGCUUUUCGUCUCAAUUUUGGUUUAGCCUCUCUGUCACUUUUUGUUAUUCCCAUAAUUUUAUUUUUAAUUGCUUUACGGAAAUCCCGUCAUUAUCCUUCUUCAAAUAGAUUUUUUGUUCCUUUUUUAAAAUCCCUUUUGCCAUAUAUUAUUUGCCUUAUUUGGUCAAAUAUUGCUCUCACAAUGGUUCUGAUUGGAUUUAAACAAUUCUCAAUAACAAAUCUUUUACUGGCUAUAGCUCUUCUUUCUUUUAUUGUUUUGCCUAAUUAUAUUGGUGCUACUUUGGCUUGUGGAAUUUUAUUUUCUCAAGUAAAGAGGACAGUUGAUUUUAUCAGUUUACUUAAAAUUAUUUUUACAAUAAUUGUAUUUUUACUUCCUUUGAUUAUCAGAAAAUGUUAUAAAAUAAUUUUACAAAAAUAUAAAAUUAAAUGUUUGGUUGUUUUAUUUUUUAGUUUAAUAUUUAAUUUUUCAGUAUUUAAUUUCUUCAACACAAAAAAUGUUUUAAUUUUAUUUUUUGUUUAUUUGCUUGGCUCUUUAACUGUAAUUUCUUUUCUUUAUCAAAGCCCUUCCUCUUUUGAUGCUUCUUCUGAAUUAACUAAUCUUACUUGGCCUCAAUUUGAGAAUCAUUGUGCAAUGAAUGGAGCUAAUCAAAUACAUUCACAAAUGCAUUGUUCUCAAAUGAAAGGAAUGGCUAUAAAUUGGAAAGGAACUGUCCAAUCUGUUCGAAUUGCCGAUAUCGAUAAUUCUUUUGAGACUUUGCUAGAUUAUUUGCCUGAUUCUGUGGCACAAGCUAUUCGCUGUUUUUAUGAUACUGAUAGCACUGACGAGGAUGCUAUACCGAGAGAUUUGCAUUCGAAUGAGUGUAGUCUUGCUCAACACAAUCAUUAUACUUAUGAAUUGGAAGUCAGUGGCCCUUAUGGUGAAAAAUUUCAAAUCAGCGGCAAUAAAGGACAAUUACUUUUAACAGCUCAACACACUUUUGGUGAAAUAUUACGACUUUUGGAUGAAGGGGACAUUAUUAGAUUUAUUGCAUUCUUUGACAGUUAUCCAGUCUUUAGAUAUCCGCCACGUCUUAGACUGCUUCAACUUGAAUGCUUAAUUUGUAAAAAGCUGAGUUCUGACAAAUACAAACAUCUUCGAUUGACAAGCGUUAAAUCAGAAAGACGUAAAAUAUGGGCUCGUUUAAACAACGCAUUUGAAUUACUUUUUAAUUUUGUAUUUGCACCGUUUAUUUUACUUUCUUAG